AUGCGCUUUGAAUCUUUGGCCUAUAUGGGCCUGGCUGGCUCUGCAACAGCCAGCAUCAUCCUCUCAAAUGAUGUUCCUCUUACUGGUCCCUCUUUUCUCACCAACUUUGACAUUUCAAAGACAGAUUUCCUUAAUGAAGCCAAGGAAAAGUUCCCAUCUCUGGUUGAAGAACUUUUCGACACUAAGAUCUUGAACAAAACAGACCUCAUUUUCGCUGUUGAUGUCUUUUCAGCUUCGACCAAUGAAUCGGUUUACAGCUACUUCCAUGUCGGCGAUACGUACAAAGAUACUCUCACAAAGGGAAACCUGACUGAGGAUACAAUCUUUAGAGCUGGCAGCGUGACAAAGGUCUUUACUGUGUAUGCUAUUAUUGCCAAGGCUGGCAUUGAGGCAUUGAGCUAUCCUGUGUCCAUUUUCCUGCCCGAGCUCUUGGGCAAUUCGUCUAGCAACCCGCUGGAGAGGAUUGACUGGAGUGAAAUCACUGUGGGGGCCCUUGCUUCACAUCAGGCUGGGACCAGUGGCCCGGGACAGUACCUUACGCCGGAUACCGACGGGACCGAUCGCGAGGCGUUUCUUGAAUUCAUGCGUGAUAAACAGGCCCCCACGAUGGGCCCUUGGCGAAGUGCACUGUAUUCGGAUGCUGGCUUUGGAGUUCUGACUCUGAUUCUCGAGCGACUCACCGGCCAAGAGUACAAGGACGCAAUUGCAGACAUCAUAUUUAAGCCACUUGGAAUGAACUCUUCAUCUGCAGUUGUCCCUAAUGGCAUAGAUCUGGAUGCCGUUGCCCGGACUGGGCUCAAGUCCUGGGGCACCGAUGUCCCUAUUGUGGCUGGAUCUGGUGGCAUAUAUUCCUCUGCCAAAGACCUCCGACUCGCAGGACUCUCUAUCCUCAACUCCGACCUCCUCCCAUCUUCCACUACUCGCGAGUGGAUGAAACCUCGGAGCAGUACAGGUACUCUUGUCGAGCUUGUCGGAGCUCCCUGGGAAAUCACGCGUCUCACCCUCCACACCGGCCCUGAUUCCAACCGCACCCGUGUAUCUGACCUAUACCUCAAGGCUGGCGGCACUGAUGAUUAUACCUGCUUCAUCGCUCUCUCGCCAGACCACGGGAUCGGAUUUUCAAUUCUGAUUGCUGGCGACACUGCUACCCCUGCGCGUUGGCCACUUCGAGACGUCACGGGAACAACCUUUAUCACAGCAGCUGAGUAUGCUGCGGCAGAAAGUGCCGACAAGAACCUCACCGGCACAUUCGUCGUCAAGGGCUCGGAGACAACAAACUUGACCAUCGAAGUCACCAAAGGAGAGCCAGGGUUAAAGUUGAAGUCGUGGUACGUCGAAGGAAAGGACGUAGUUGAGGAUACUUCAUCGCGCCUCUUUCCAAUGGGUCUCUACUCCAACUCACGCUCUCUGGCCGCACAAUACAACGUCAAGGGUAAGUUUUCUGCAGCUUUCCGCGUGGUCACUGGGCUUGCCCCUCCAGCACCCCGUGCUGCUGUUGAGGGUGGAAAAGGGGGACUGUUUGAUCACAGUCAGGCUUGGAUGAAUAUUGGAUUCUCUGGGACGGCCGAUGAGCUCCUCUUCAAUUUGGAGGAUGCAAGAGUCGUUAGCAUCAUCAGCCCCUACGAUGGAACGGAAUUUGUUCGAGUAGACUAG